CCUUGCAGCCAUGAAGCUGAAUGAGCGCAGCCUGGCUUUCUAUGCGACCUGCGACGCGCCGGUGGACAAUGCAGGCUUCCUGCACAAGCGUGGCGGGCGCGGGGCCGGCUCGCACCGGCGCUGGUUUGUGCUCCGUGGCAACAUGCUCUUCUACUUUGAAGCAGAGGCCAGCCGUGAGCCGCUGGGCGUCAUCCUGCUGGAGGGCUGCACGGUGGAGCUGGUGGACGCCAGGGAGGAAUUCGCCUUCGCUGUGCGCUUCGCCAGUGGCCGUUCCAGGCCCUAUGUGCUGGCUGCCGACAGCCAGGCAGCCCUGGAGGGCUGGGUGAAGGCGUUGUCACGGGCUAGCUUCCACUACCUGCGCUUGGUGGUGCGAGAGCUGGAGCAGCAGCUGGCAGCCAUGCGUGAGGGAGGACCCACCAACGCCUUGCCUGCCGACCCAAGCUCUAUCUCGAACCCGCGAGCCAAGGAGAAUGGCCGGGCGGUGUGGAGCGUGCUGCCUGAGCAACCUGCUGCAGCCCCCCAGCGCCCACCACUGCCACCCCGCCGCAGGGCCCCUUCAGCCAACGGGCCCUUGGCAUCUUUCGCCCAGCUGCAUGAGCGAUACGGACUAGAGGUGCAGGCCCUCAGGAACCAGUGGCGUGGAGGCCAGGCUGGCCUGGCUGGCCUGGAGGUCCCCUGGCAUCCUUCUGGUUCGAGUGGGAUCAGAACCCAGACCCAGGACCAGCCCUAAGGGGCCUACUGGUUCUGAGGAAAGCCUGAGUACAAAAGGCCCUAAAACAGCUUGGACUCAAGCCAGACUCCUAGGGGGCACACAGGACGUGUGACUCAGAAGAUCUGGCCCCUGGGGACAGUGGCACUACUGCCGAGAAGAAUCUGGGACCUGAA